AUGCCUCAUUUCCCUCUGGCCUCUUUUCGACCAUCACUUUGGGGGAGGGGACCCUUACGGGGCCCCUCACGGCCUCUUUGCACCCAGCGGGAGCCUCAUGGAUCCCCCAUCUCCCGGAAGAACCGUGAAGCAAAACAAAAGCGCCUACGUGAGAGGCAGACAGCACUGGAUGCUGGGAUAGUCGGGAAGAACAAGUUACCUGCAGGCCCUGGUAAGGCCUGGACUCCUAAGGAGAUAGUAUUGUACGAAAUCCCUACGGAACCAGGGGAAAAGAAAGAUGUCUCUGGGCCCCUGCCUCCUGCAUACAGCCCCCAGUAUGUUGAAGCUGCCUGGUAUCCCUGGUGGGUGCGAGAGGGCUUCUUCAAACCAGAAUAUCAGAACCUGCUGCCACAGGCUACAGGGGAGACCUUUUCCAUGUGCAUCCCACCCCCCAAUGUUACUGGUUCCCUGCACAUUGGCCAUGCACUCACUGUGGCCAUACAGGAUGCCCUUGUGCGCUGGCACCGGAUGCAUGGGGAUCAGGUGUUGUGGGUCCCCGGUUCAGAUCAUGCAGGAAUAGCUACACAAGCUGUGGUGGAGAAACAGCUAUGGAAGGAGCAGGGAGUGAGAAGAUAUGAAAUGAGCCGGGAAGCCUUCCUGAGGGAGGUGUGGAAGUGGAAGGAGGAGAAAGGUGGAGAGAUCUGUGAGCAGCUCCGCAUGCUGGGAGCCUCCUUGGACUGGGAUCGAGAGUGCUUCACCAUGGAUGCUGGUUCUUCGGUGGCCGUGACUGAAGCUUUUGUGCGACUCUACAAGGCGGGGCUGUUGUACCGGAGUCGGCAGCUUGUCAACUGGUCAUGUGCUUUAAGAUCAGCCAUCUCGGAUAUUGAGGUGGAGAACCGGGCCCUGCCAGGCCGCACGGAGCUUCGACUGCCUGGCUGCCCCACCCCAGUUUCUUUUGGCCUUCUCGUCUCUGUUGCUUUCCCUAUUGAUGGAGAGUCUGAUGCUGAAGUUGUGGUAGGAACCACGAGGCCAGAGACGUUGCCAGGAGACGUGGCUGUGGCCGUUCAUCCUGACGACUCCCGAUACAUGCAUCUGCAUGGGCGGCUACUUCGUCACCCCUUGACUGGGCAGCUUCUCCCUGUCAUCACAGACUCCGCUGUCCAACCACACAUGGGCACAGGGGCAGUGAAGGUGACUCCAGCCCACAGUCCUGCUGAUGCUGAGAUAGGAGCCAGGCAUGGCUUGAGCCCCCUGAGUGUCAUUGCAGAAGAUGGGACCAUGACCUCGCUCUGUGGGGACUGGCUGCAGGGACUUCACCGCUUUGUGGCCCGGGAAAAGAUUAUGUCUACAUUGAGGGAGCGGGGCCUGUUCCGAGGCCUCCAAAGCCAUCCCAUGGUGCUGCCCAUAUGCAGCCGAUCAGGAGAUGUGGUAGAAUACCUGCUGAAGAGCCAGUGGUUUGUCCGUUGUCGAGAAAUGGGGGACCAGGCUGCCAAGGCUGUGGGGUCGGGGGCCCUGGAGCUCUGUCCAUCCUUUCACCAGAAGAACUGGCAGCACUGGUUUUCCCACAUUGGGGACUGGUGUGUCUCUCGGCAGCUGUGGUGGGGCCAUCAGAUCCCAGCCUACCUGGUGGUAGAGGAGCUGGCAAAGGACAGUGAGGAAGACUGUUGGGUGGUUGGGCGGUCAGAGGCCGAGGCUAGAGAGGCAGCUGCAGAACUUACAGGGAGGCCAGGGGCAGAGCUAACCCUGGAGAGGGACCCUGAUGUCCUAGACACCUGGUUUUCUUCAGCUCUUUUCCCCUUUUCUGCUCUGGGCUGGCCACAAGAGACCCCAGACCUCUCACGUUUCUAUCCCCUAUCACUUUUGGAGACGGGCAGUGAUCUUCUCCUGUUCUGGGUGGGCCGCAUGGUCAUGCUGGGGACUCAGCUCACUGGGCAACUCCCCUUCAGCAAGGUGCUUCUUCACUCCAUGGUUCGUGACCGGCAGGGUAGGAAGAUGAGCAAGUCCCUGGGGAAUGUGCUGGACCCUCGGGAUAUCAUCACUGGAGCUGAGCUGCAGGUGCUGCAGGAGAAGCUGAGGGAUGGGAACCUGGAUCCCACAGAACUGGCGAUUGCAACUGCAGCACAAAGAAAGGACUUCUCUCAUGGGAUCCCUGAGUGUGGGACAGAUGCUCUGAGAUUCACACUGUGCUCCCAUGGAGUGCUGGGGGCUGACCUGAACCUGUCUGUCUCUGAGGUACUGAGCUCCCGACAUUUCUGCAACAAAAUCUGGAAUGCCCUGCGCUUCAUCCUCAAUGUCCUGGGGGAGAAAUUCAUACCCCAGCCUGUAGAGGAGCUGUCUCCCUUGUCCCCCAUGGACGCCUGGAUCCUGAGCCGCCUUGCCUCCACUGCCGGGGAGUGUGAGCGGGGCUUCCUCACCUGCGAGCUCUCACUCGUCACCCAUGCCCUGCAUCACUUCUGGCUCCACAACCUCUGUGACACCUACCUGGAGGCAGUGAAGCCGGUGCUGGCUCACUCGCCCCGCCCCCUGGGGCCUCCUCAGAUCCUGUUCUCCUGCGCUGAUGUUGGCCUUCGCCUCCUUGCCCCACUAAUGCCCUUCCUGGCCGAGGAGCUCUGGCAGCGGCUGCCCACCCGGCUGGGCUGCCCCCCUGCCCCCAGCAUCUGUGUUGCCCCGUAUCCCAGCUCCCACAGCUUGGAGCAUUGGCGCCAGCCCGAGCUGGAGCGGCGCUUCUCCCGGGUCCAGGAGGCUGUGCAAGUGCUACGGGGUCUCCGGGCCACAUACCAACUCACCAAAGCCCGGCCCCGAGUGCUGCUGCAGAGCUCAGACCCGGAUGAGCGGGGCCUCUUUGAGUCCUUCCUGGAGCCCCUUGGCACCCUGAGCUACUGUGGAGCGGUGGGCCUCUUACCGCCGGGUACAGCAGCUCCCUCUAGCUGGGUCCAGGUUCCACUCAGUGACACCGUUCAGAUCUUCAUGGAGCUGCAGGGCCUGGUGGAUCCCCAUACACAUCUCUCUCUAUUGGCUGCCCAAAGACACAAGUUGCAGAAACAGCUUGAGGGCCUUCUAGCUGCAGCCCCAUCCCAAGGGGAGGCAGAGAGGCAGAGGCAGCAAAGGCUUUCUUCCCUCCAAAUGGAGCUGUUGAAAUUAGACAAGGCGGACUCUCACCUGCGGCAGCUGAUGGAAGACUCUCUCAGCUCCAGGAGCUCUGAGCUCUAG